AUGUGUACUCCCUGUUCCAAGCUACCAGAACUACUGAAUGGACUUAUUGUAUAUAACCCAGAGUUGGUGAAUCAGUCCCUGCCCACCGUCCCUCAUGACACACGGUCUACAUACACAUGUCUGUAUGGCUUUGAAUUGCAGGAAAGGCACAAUGCACCGCAGUGUUACUAUGGCACUUGGCGUUAUAAAACAUCAGAGCCAGUCUGUUCACCAAAGUUGUGCAGUCAGGAAGAUUUGCGGUUUGGCAGCGUACGUUACACUAAGAACAAUGAAGAAUUCAGUGUCCGGGACCAAGAUCCCCAUCAUGGUGUUUCCAGGACCUUUCAAUGCAGCCGCGGUUACAGUCUGGUCUCGGCCCAGACAGAAGCAUCAGUAUGUGUAGAUGGGGUGUGGAAUACGCCACUUCCAGCAUGUGGGCCAGAUGCUUGCUCUAGACCAGCUGUUGCCGCUAGUUACGUGGAGGUGCAAAGCUUGGGGCAUGGCGGUACGGCCCGUGUUACAUGUGACCAGGGCCUGAAACCAAGUGUUGGAAAUGGUGGUCUACGUUGCCAUGCUGGACAUUGGGUACCAGACGGCAUUGUGUGCAUUAGCAGUGAUGCGCCAUCCAAUGUAGCAUAUGGAAGACCAGCAUCGCAAAGCCCAAGAUCUGAUGAAUCUAACAGACAGCAAGCAAGCUUAGCAGUGGAUGGAGAUAGGACCACAGACAGUGAACAUGGCAGCUGCACUUCUGCACGAAAAUCUGGAAGGCAAGUUUUCUGGGAGGUAGAUUUGCAGGCUACAUACAGUAUAGAAUACGUGGACAUCUAUUCCAAGCGCAAACCCAAACUGAUAGGUGCAACAGUCCAAGUCGGAUACCCUGAUGCCACAAGAGAGUCGUACAGUCAAUGUGGUCUCACAAUAAGUUCCCAGAUGGUAAGAGGUCGUCAGCCCAGUGUGCGAGUGGAUUGCAACGGCGAGCUGAUUGCUGGGCAAAUCAUCAGGAUCGAGCUGCAGGAAUCUGACAAAUUAAGUCUGUGCGAAGUAGAGGUGUUUGCUACUGGUCCCAUUGCAAAAUGUACGAUCCCUUACAUCGCCGGUAUGAGACAAACACUGGAAGAUGACGGUGGGGUGCUGCUUACCAAUGCUCAAGUUCCUCCAGGAACAGGCAUUGCCUAUAACUGUGAGACAGGCUACCAGCGCAAUGGAGCUGUGGAUAACCUAUGCAGAGGGGAGGGUACCUGGGCUAGACAGCUUCCCGCUUGCGAAGCAGACGAUUGUGAGGUUCAGGAUCCAGUCAAUGGUGAGCUUGAUCAACGGAUCAGAAGUAUCCGGCACAACAGUGAGCUUGAUUACUCUUGUAAUAAUGGAUAUGACAAGGAGAACAAGGUGACUCGUUGUGAGUUGGGGGUGUUGACCCCAGGCCCACCAAAGUGUGUCCAUCGGCGCUGUAGUUUAAGGGCAAGUCAUCUCACUAACGUUAUGAUCAACAACCAAGAGCUUGAACCAGAUGCAGAGGGGAAAGUAUACAUUUCUCAUGACACCCAUGUCAUCUUCAGUUGCAAAAGAGGAUAUGAACUAACAAAUAACAAUAGAUACACUCCUCGGUGUUGGAUGGGAGAGCUUUUGUAUUACACUCAUAUUCCAUCCUGCCACCCAGUCCGGUGCCGUGAUCCUUACCUUAUGUAUGGUAGCUUCCGCCUUAUCCAGGGCGAUCGUUAUGAGCAUGGGUCCACCAUAAGGUACGAGUGUAACCCAGGUUAUACAUUACAAGAUCCAGCCGCUGAAUAUUCCCAUUGUGAUGACGGGAGAUGGAUCCUGGAACCCGUAUGCCACCCAGAUGAUCAAGUGACCGAACCACCUGUGGCAGCUGCCACAUGUCCCACACCAUCAGUCCCCAAUGCCCUCAUCUACCACCGUGGCCAAAACAUUGCCACAGCAGACUUUGAAAUCAUCUUUGGUAAUGGUGAUGAGAUUGCGGUUCGAUGUAUUGCAGACUUCACAGUCAGCGGCAGGGAGGUAGUGACCGCUACUUGUAGGAAUAGAGCCUGGACACCUGCACUACCACGUUGCGAGGUUUUAUACAAGCGCUCUUGUUCUCGUCCUGGGAAGAUCACAAAUGUCAGACAGUAUGUUGACGAUUCAAUCCAGCUACGUGACGCCCCUCGCACCUCAUUCUUCCACCACUCCACCAUAAUGUCACGGUGUCAGGAUCCAUUAACAAUGACACUGGUAACUGGUCCGCUCCGCACCUGUAAUGACGGCAGAUGGACUGGCCCUGUGCCAGUAUGCGUGCGAGCAUCAACUAGCUUCAGCCUCCCAGCCUUACGUACCACGCUCCAUCAGUUCAUGGCUAAUGGAACCUUGCUCAUCUACCCUGGUGUUGGUCAGUUGAAUGUGGAUUGCAUUGUCUCCAGCGGUUACCCAGUUUUAGAACACAGUCACUCACAACAAUGGGUUUCAGGUGGUGGAGGACAAAAGAAGUAUGGUGCACCUGCAGAAGGUCAUUCAGGGACUUAUACCUCUGUUUCCUGUCCAGAGCCAAGGCCCCCAUUAAAUGGCCGUCGUAUCGGUGAUGACUUCCGACUAACAAAGUCAGUGUUAUUUGAAUGCAACGAGGGCUAUGAUCUCAUCGAGGAACGGACGAUCAAAUGCAACCUUGGUGUAUGGUUGGGAGAAAUACCGCGCUGCAGAGGUGAGUGA